AUCGCUAUAGAAGGUUGCUGUCAUAACCAAUUGGAGUUGAUUUAUAAAACUAUUGAUUACAUAGAAAAAGAAAAAAAUAUCAGAGUUGAUUUAUUGUUAAUAUGCGGAGAUGUUCAGACUAUACGAAAUAGGACAGAUUUAGAUUCUACCAGUAUGCCGGAUCACUACAAAGAAAUGGGCACAUUUUAUAAAUAUUAUUCGGGUGAACUUAAAGCUCCAAUUCCGACAAUUUUCAUUGGUGGGAAUCAUGAAGCGAGCAACUACCUUUGGGAAUUGUAUUAUGGAGGGUGGGUGUGUGAAAAUAUUUACUACCUCGGUUGUUCUGGAGUUGUGAAUUUUGGGGGUCUUCGUAUAGGAGGACUCAGUGGAAUAUAUAAACAGAGAGACUAUGGGCUGGGUCAUUUUGAAACGUUUCCAUAUACAGAUGAUACUAUAAGAUCUAUUUAUCAUGUAAGACGAUAUGAAAUGUUCAAGCUUAACAUGAUUAGACAACCUAUAGACAUAAUCCUUUCUCAUGAUUGGCCUGAAAAUAUAACAAGAUUUGGAGAUGAGAAAAGGCUUAAACAAAUAAAGAAAGGUCUUGCACCAGAUAUUGAAAGAAUCAGACUUGGAAAUCCAUAUUGUGAAUUGCUGCUUUAUAAAUUAAAACCAAGGUACUGGUUUGCUGCGCAUCUUCACGUCAAAUUUGCUGCAUUGAUACCUCAUGAUGUUCCACAAACAGUAACAGCUCCAAAUCCAGACGAGAUACCCAUCUCACUUGAUGAGAUACCCAUCUCUCUUGAUGAAGUUGUUACCGAUCAGAAUGAAGUAGAUGAUCCGGAUCCGGAUGAAUUACCCUCUUUCAUCGAUGAUAUCGAUAAUGCUGAUGAGAUACAAAUCAUUGACUCUGAGGAAACGCCAAUUGCGAAUGACAUAACCGCUGAAUUGCCACUGAAUUUAGAAGAUCUUGAAGAAUUUGUGGCUUCCUCAAUUCCUUCAUCAAUUCCUUCCAAUACGCGGAGUUCAUAUACUCGUUUUUUAUCACUUGACAAAUGUCUGCCUGGUCGCGAAUUUUUACAGAUUUUAGAUUUCCCUGAAGCAAACGGACCUCUGGAAUUCAGUUAUGAUGAAGAAUGGUUGGCAAUAACAAAGGCUACGCAUCAAUUUUUUUCUGUGACAUAUAAGCAGGUUCCUUUACCGACAGAAAGUCAGAUGCAAGAUCCACUUGAUACCUCUCAAGAAUGGGUUCGUAAUAAUAUUUUGCAAAGAGACUCUGGGCUUUUGAUUCCGAAGAAUUUCCUUCCUACAGCGCCCGCACAUAAUUCAAGCAAUCAACAAGAGUAUAAUUUGAGUAUCCCGUUCUUAAAUCCACAAACCGUUGCUUUUACCCAGAUGCUAGAGAUUGAAAACAAGAUUAACCCGGAUGGUCAAACG